AUGGAGAACUCCGAAGCAGCCGAGAUCCUCGCGAAGCAGCGCAUCUACCGCCCCGUCUCCCCCCACCUGGCUAUCUACAAGCCGCAAAUCACCUGGUACGCCUCGUCGCUCAACCGCAUCACGGGAAUUACCCUCUCCGGCUCCCUCUACCUCUUCGGUAUCGCCUACCUGAUCGCCCCUUACACUGGAUGGCAUCUCGAGACACAGUCAAUGGUGGCGGCCGUUGCUGCAUGGCCCGCGGCUGUGAAGAUGGGAGUGAAGGCCUUCUUCGCUUUCCCGUUCUUCUUCCACAGCUUCAACGGCCUGAGGCAUUUGGCGUGGGACGUGGGUAUCGGAUUCAAGAACCAACAAGUCAUCCGAACCGGAUGGACCGCUGUCGGAUUGACGGUCGUCAUGGGUCUUUACUACACUUUCCUCGGAUAA